CUACUAGUAGCUAGAAUGCAUGGCUCUCCACUCUCCACUUCGUACUUGAAAUAAGAAAUGAAUGGAAACCACCAUGACGAAGAAGGACACCCCCAUAUCGACGUUGAAUGACGACGACAAGACCUCCAGAGUAUUAGAACAAGAAGCAUCUGCUACCUUUCUCACCAAUAGUCCGAGCAGCAUCCCUACAUUGUCGCCGGUGCCAGCGUCGCCUUAUUGGUCCAUCUGAGUGCCCUGCUCAGUUUGCCACCCGCUAUUCGAGGCCGCGGAGCUCCGUAUUUACCAACGUCCAAGAAACACGGAACUGCCAUGUUUCAACAACUCCAACAACAGUUGGCCGUUAGUAGACUCCACAAGAGCAAGUCACUGACAUUUGUCGAUUUGGGCAGUGGCGAUGGUCGAUUGGUCUUUCGAGCGGCACGACAGGGCAUUUUUUCCACCAGUAUUGGCUACGAAAUCAAUCCCAUUCUGCAUGCCGUUGGUCAAUCCCGACGUUUGUUGCAAGCUCCCAAAUAUUGGCAUUCCACCCAAUUUUAUUGGAGAGAUAUCUGGAAGGUCGAUUUGCAACAAGCCGACGUGGUGGCCGUGUACGGGCUGGGGCCCAUUAUGGAACCACUCGGUGUCAAGCUACGAGACGAAUUAAAACCCGGAUCCAUUGUCGUGUCCAAUGUAUUCUCUAUUCCGGGAUGGAAACCAGAAGGGACCAGUCGACAUGGGACAUAUGUGUAUGUGGUGCCAGACGAGUUGAACGAACACAAUAAAAAUAACCACAAGAAGGAUGAAGAAGCACACACAAGCAAUCACGGAUCAUGACCAUUGAAGAAUGAAUCAACUGUUAGUUAAUAAUUCAGACCCAGUGAUAAAAGAACAGGAUGCAACAACUUCGAGGGGAAAGGCAAUGUGUCUGACAAUCCACAAACGCGCGAAGAACUACGAGGACGGCCCGGACUGAUGAUUUUUAAGUUGUCCGUGAUGUGUCCUUUCCGCUCUUUUGGGAGCUGCUGUUAUUGCCUGUUUCUGGCCAGCGAUAGAAACUCUAGGUUCUCAUACCGUGCUGCUACAACUACAACAACUAGUAGAUAUUCUAAAAGUAACAACAACUAGCAACUAUUAGUAAUUGUU